GUCCAAUUUUCUGUCCUUUUUGAUAAAUCUUUCCAUUUCCACUGGGAAUAGAGCAACAGUCCGAUGGCGGGAGAGAUCGAAGAGACCAGUAAUGCCACCGACUACGGCGGCAGCGGCGACGGCGAGUCAGUUCAGCUGUUAUCGAACAAUGUUUCGAAGGUGCCGGAGGUGGAAAUUAGCCUUUACCGGCGAGGAAAAGGUCCAAUCGCCGUAUUCAAGUCGAGCCUUGGAGGCUGGGGUCAGGAUCAGCUCGAGGUCCGCGAUAUCCUUGACAAGUACGGAUUCAAAUCCAUCCAUGCCUUCAACCCUGAUUCGGGUCGGGGCUUGCCCAUUCCGUUCAACCCUAAAAACGGCCGAUCCAUCCUCACAUACAGCCAUGGAUCCUCCAUUAAUGUCGACGGAGAGCCCCGGGAUUCCUUGAUACAACCUAUAACAAGAAUAGUGGUUGGGGUUGCUAUUAUUACCAUAUUCAUUGUACUGGUGAUGAAAGAGACUCCGGAGUGGGCCAAAAAGCUGAACUUUUCUGGCGGACGCAUCCCCCCAUGGAUCCUUGCUUGCGCUGUGAUUGUGUUCACGCGAAUGAGGAAGAGAACCAAGAACUUCUUGGAACGGCGCCGCUAGGUGUUGUUUAAGUGGUUCAACACCUUUUGAACACUAGUAUGGAAGAAUCUUUUGAAAUCUGCAAGCUCACCCUGUUUCAUGUGUCCCAUGAUUCUUAUGAUCCUUUGAUUUUUGAUUUGUUUUUUAGUUGGGUGCAAUGAGUUUUAGGCCUGUUCAGUAACAGGUAAAGCCAAAGUUUUCUAUUUUGGCUUCUGUAUAUGCAUGUUUGAGUUUUAAAAAACAGAACCUAGAUGG